AUGUCGCCCUCCAACGGCGGUGCCACCGCAUCCACCCCCCAGAGCCAGCCCCAGACGACCUUUUACAAUGAUUCGAGCGACAACGUGUCCAUCGCCUCUCAGCUCUCGCCGGGCUUCCGCCCCCCGACACACCGGAUCGCGCCCCAGUCUUCUGGCAGCCAGGACUCUCCCGACGUGCCCUAUUUCGGAGACGAGCGACGCCCUUCUCUGGCGAGCAUCACGACGUUGAGCAGCCAGGGCUCCAAGACGAGCAUUCGAAGAGGUGGAUUGCAAAAACUGCAGGGGUUCUUUGGCGAGGAAUUCCCCGGCCGCGAUGGUUCGGAGAGCAGUUUGCAUUCCAGUUCCGGCAGGGACCGCUCGCGUUCCUACAGCCACAGCCGGCCCACCAGAGAUCGUAACUACUCCAACGCAACCGACCAUGCACGCGACCGCGAGGCCUCGCCUUCCUCCUCCAGGCCUAGGACGCCUGUGCCGGCUCCCGAGGUCGUCCCAUUUCUCUACCAAGAAGCCGACGAUAUUGCUAGGUUCGGCGAGGCCCCAGUCAGAGACAUUUUGAGCGGUCCCGACCGCGAACGUUACAUGAACAACGAAAAUCCCAACAACCCGCAAAACCCACCAAAGACAUCUUCAUCAAACCGCUCUGGCCAUUCAAUUGUGCAUCUCCCUGGCCAUCAUCAUCGCCACAACCGGAGCAUCGACGAUGGCAGGGUCCUCCGGCCGACUGUAAGCAGGGAAGAUUCACAGGCGAGCCUGCAAGUACAGAACCCCCGAGAACGAGGCGGCUCAACUGCCACCAUGUACGGCUCCAACCGAUCACGCGCACAAAGCCCGACCCCGAGCGGCGGAUAUUUCAGCUCGAGACACGGCACCGUCGAUGGCUCCAUAUCGCCAGGGAGUCAGUUGCAGCCGCAGCCGCCACAGCAUCAACAACAGCACCAACAACAGCAACAUCAGCAACAACACCAUUCAAAAAGAAAUUUGCUGCAUCGCCUGCGGCGGAACAAGGAUAAAGAUGACGGGACGUCCAGGUUACGCGACUUGCCUGGGUCUACCAGAUCGUUGGCCGCGAAGCCAUCCCGCCCCGAGUUCACCAGACCCGACCUGUCGCCGUCCACCUUCCCCCUCGCGUUUUCGGGAACCGAGCCCGGCCCGGACCAAGACCCUCGACUGGCCGCCUACAACCAGCGAAACCAGACGCAGGCGCAGACUUUCAACAACAGAUUCCCCUUCUCCAAGAGCAAAGGCCGCCAACAACGGCCAACUGAGUCGCAAGAUGAACAGAUUGGGCCGACAGACAGGCAGCCAGGUGGCUUUGGCACUGUCUUCCACUUGGACACCAAUUUGAGCGACAUGGAGGGCAUCCUCACGAAGCCGCCUCCACUGACACCAAUGGAUCACACCUUCAUCACGAACAUCGUCGACCCCGAAAAAGUCGAACCGCCUCCUGUUCCCGCGAAACCCGAUGUCGUUCCUGGGCCUAACGGGUCCUGGAACGCGCCAGACAGCUGGGCUGUUCGCCGCAACACCGAGGACACGACGUACCAGGCGCCCGACAUUGAUGACAUUGGCAGUCCGCCCCGGCCCGAGGAGAAAAUGACACCCUACUGCAUUCGAAUAUUCAGAUCCGACGGAACAUUCGCGACCCUGUCCAUGGCCCUCGAUGCCAGCGUCACCGACGUCAUAUCCCAGCUUAUCAAGAAGACGUACGCGACGGACGGCCUGGAAAACUAUCACAUAAUCUUGAAGAAGCAUGAUUUGGUCCGCGUGCUCUCGGUCGCCGAACGACCACUGCUAAUGCAGAAGAGGUUACUGCAACAGAUUGGCUACGAGGAGCGGGACCGUAUCGAGGACGUCGGUCGUGAGGACAACAGCUAUCUGUGCCGCUUCAUGUUUCUUUCGUCACGAGAGAGCGAUUUCCACUCCGUCACGAACGACCUUGGCCUCGGACGCAUUCAAAAGUUCAACCACGUCGACCUUUCCGGCCGAAACCUGAUUACCAUUCCGAUCUCGCUCUACUCCAAAGCAUCUGAAAUCAUCUCGCUCAACCUUUCCCGUAAUCUGUCCCUCGACCUUCCUCGCGACUUCAUUCAGUCAUGCCAGAACUUGAGAGACAUCAAGUUCAACAACAAUGAGGCCCGGAGGCUGCCACCGAGUCUGGGCAAGGCCGCAAAGCUCACCUACCUCGACGUUUCCAACAACCGAGUCGAUCAGUUAGAUCAUGCCGAGCUACACGGACUGCAUGGUAUACUGAAGCUUAACAUCGCCAACAACCGUCUCAAGGCACUGCCUCAGUACUUUGGUGCAUACAAAGCCCUGCGGAACCUCAACAUAUCUUCCAAUUUCUUGGACAGAUUCCCGCUAUUCCUCUGCGAUGUCGAGAGCCUGGUGGAGCUGGACCUCAGUUUCAAUUCCAUCAGCAGCCUGCCCGACCAGAUUGGAAAGCUGAGAAACCUCGAGAAGUUUGUCAUCACCAAUAACAGGCUGUCCAACUCCUUGCCGGACUCUUUCAGCGAGCUAUCCGGCCUUCGAGAGUUGGACAUCAAGUACAACGCCAUCACGAGCAUCAACAUCAUCUCCUUGCUGCCGAAACUCGAGAUCCUCUCGGCUGAUCACAAUAGCAUCUCUCAAUUUAUCGGCAGCUUUGAGAGAAUAAGAAGCCUGAAGCUCAACUCGAACCCCAUCACCAAAUUCGAAAUCAUCGAGCCUGUUCUGACCUUGAAGAUGCUUAACCUAUCUCACUGUCAGCUGGCGAGCAUCGAUGAGACCUUCAACAUGAUGUUGAACCUGGAGCGUCUUGUGUUGGACAAGAACUACUUCGUCUCUCUGCCGCAGCAUAUCGGGAACCUAGGGAAGCUGGAGCACUUCAGCAUCGCCAACAACAACGUGGCAGAGCUUCCCACGUCGAUCGGCUGCCUCACCGAGCUUCGUGUGUUGGACGUGCGGAGGAACAACAUCAGGAAACUGCCAAUGGAGUUGUGGUGGGCGAACAAGCUUGAGACGUUGAACGCGUCUUCCAACAUCCUUGAAAACUUCCCAAAGCCGGCCUCUAGACAACCGCGACCAGCAGGCGAGGAGGCGCAGACGCCAGCGGCCGUCAAUAAACCCAACACCAUGGAACGCAUUGUGCAGUCUCCUCUCGAGGAGUCCUUGGACGCUUCCAGAAGGCCAAGCCAGAAUUCCUCGUCGACGCUACUGAGUGUUGGGCCGUCGCCGGUGCCUGGUAGCGCCGACAGGAAGAGCUCAGUUGUGUCGGUGUACGGUAAGGGUGGCCGUAAAACUUCCGUGGUGUCUAGGUCAACGUCGCAAGGCACCGUCCCGCCAAUGCCAUCUUCCGCAACGGCGAGGAAAGACUCGAGUUUGUCGUCGCGGCUCUACUCGACGUUCGCGGGGUCCCUGCGUAAUCUCCACCUAGCCGAGAACAAGCUCGACGACGAGGUCUUUGAUCAGAUCACCAUGCUCAACGAGCUGCGCGUCCUGAACCUGUCGUGGAACUACAUUAACGAUAUGCCACAACGAUCGAUCAAGAGCUGGCCACAGAUGGUGGAGCUUUAUCUCUCUGGCAACGAAUUGACGACACUGCCGGCCGAUGAUCUGGAAGACGGCAGCUUGUUGCAAGUGCUGCACAUCAAUGGAAACAAGUUUACCAACCUGCCUGCCGAUAUAUCCAGGGCUAAGAAACUUGCGGUGUUUGAUUGCGGCAGCAAUUAUCUCAAGUACAACAUCUGCAACGUCCCCUACGACUGGAACUGGAACCUCAACCCAAACUUGAGAUUUCUCAACCUGUCGGGCAACAAGCGGUUGGAGAUAAAACAGACUAUCACUGGCCCGACAAUCCCCAAUCGUGAAUCGCUCGCCGACUUCAACAGGCUUCUGAACCUCAGGGUCAUAGGCCUCAUGGAUGUCACUCUUACGCAACCCACCAUCCCGGAUCAAAGCGAGGAUCGUCGCGUGCGUACGUCCGGUUCCUCAGCGGGCAACCUGCCAUAUGGUAUGGCCGACACCUUGGGCAAGAACGAGCACCUGUCGACAAUCGAUCUCGUGGUACCUCGGUACAACUCUGCGGAAUCCGAGACUCUGCUGGGUCUGUUUGACGGCCAAGCCCUUUCCAGUGGCGGCUCCAAGAUUGCCAAGUACCUGCACGAGAACUUUGGUCACAUCUUCAGCAUGGAAUUGAAGGCUCUCAAGACGCGGCUCAACGAGACACCAGUGGACGCCCUGAGACGGGCCUUCCUGUCGCUGAACAAAGACUUGGUCACCAUUGCCAUCCAACACACCGAGGAGCGUUCCCAAAAGACGCAUAGGGGCUCUACAACGCCCGUUGUGCUGAGCAAGGAAGACCUUAACUCUGGCGGUGUUGCGACUGUUGUCUAUCUUCAGAAUCAGGAACUCUACGUCGCCAAUGUGGGCGAUGCCCAGGCCAUGCUCAUUCAGUCAGACGGUUCUCACAAGAUCCUCACUCGGAAGCAUGACCCGGCAGAACCCAGUGAGCGCCAGCGGAUUCGAGAGGCCGGAGGCUGGGUGUCUCGUAACGGUAGAUUAAACGACCUUCUCGAGGUUUCCCGUGCCUUCGGCUACGUCGACCUCAUGCCGGCAGUUCAGGCUGCACCCUAUGUCAGCAACCUUACGAUUCGCGAGCAGGAUGACAUCAUUCUGAUCGCCACGAGAGAGUUCUGGGAGUACUUGGACCCCGCUCUGGUCGUCGACUUUUCGAGACAGGAGCGUGGUGAUCUCAUGAGGGCAGCCCAAAAGCUACGGGACCUGGCUAUCGCUUAUGGCGCCACCAACAAGAUCAUGGUCAUGAUGAUCAGCGUUUCUGAUCUUAAGAGGAGGAGCGAGAGAUCGAGGCUUCAUCGCGGACAGAGCAUGUCGCUGUAUCCUUCCGGCGUUCCUGACGAACUUCAACCUCUACGCAGAGGCAAGCGGAACAAGGGCGACGUCCUUGACUCCACUCUCCAGCGUCUUGAAGCCGAGAUUCCGGCUCCGACGGGCAACGUGUCGAUCGCCUUCACCGACAUCAAGAACUCGACGACCCUAUGGGAGAUGUAUCCAGCCGCCAUGAGAUCUGCCAUCAAACUGCACAACGAGGUCAUGCGUCGACAGCUGCGGAGAAUUGGUGGAUAUGAGGUCAAGACUGAAGGCGACGCGUUCAUGGUAUCGUUCCCGACAGCUACCUCGGCGCUUCUCUGGUGUUUUGCUGUCCAAAUGUCGUUGCUGGACGUCAAUUGGCCCUCCGAAGUCCUCAAUUCCGUUUCUUGCCAACCGCUAUACGACAAGGACAACGCCCUGAUCUUCAAGGGUCUCUCCGUUCGCAUGGGUAUUCAUUAUGGUGAGGCCGUCAGCGAGAUGGACCCUGUGACGAGGCGCAUGGAUUACUUCGGUCCGAUGGUCAACAAGGCUUCGCGUAUUUCGUCUGUCGCCGACGGAGGACAGAUCACCGUCUCAUCUGACUUCAUUUCCGAAAUUCAACGCUGCCUUGAGAACUACCAGGACACGGACAGGAACGGGUCUACUGGAUCCGAGGACACGUUCGAUGAUGACCAGGGUUUCGCUUCGUCGAUUCGCAAGGACCUCCGGUCUCUUAGUUCCCAGGGCUUUGAGGUCAAGGAAAUGGGCGAAAAGAAACUCAAGGGUCUCGAAAACCCCGAGGUCGUGUACUCGCUGUAUCCACACGCUCUCGCGGGCCGCAUUGAGCACCAUCAGCAACAUGAGCAACGUACUGAAGUCGACAAGCCCGCGAUUCUUCAGGCGGGCAGCGAGCUGGCUUUCGACACCGAAUCCAUCUGGGCUCUGUGGCGUGUCAGUUUAAGGUUGGAGAUGCUGUGCAGCUCACUCGAGAAUGUAUCCGGCCAAGGCUUGCAACCGCCCGAGACCGAGCUGCUGGAGAGGAUGAAACACCGUGGAGGCGAAGUCACGGAGCGAUUCCUGCUCAACUUCAUGGAGCACCAAACCUGCGUCACGAGCCUGUCGCUUCGUCACAUCGCCAUAGGCAACGCACCUUUGGAACAGCUCGAGGACAUGCGAGGUCCCAUGAGUGACAUCCUUGACCAGGUUGCCAAACAGAUGGCCGAGCUAGCGAGGUACAAAGCAUUAUACGGCGAGUUGGACGAACCCGAGGACGGGAGCGACACGGAAUAA